AUCAGAGAGCAAGUGUGGCGUUAGGUGCUUUAAGAUGCCCGAAGCCUUCCCCCUUGUACGUUUGGUGAUGGCGUAUAUAUCGUAUCGUAUGACCGUAGGAGUAGGAUCAAAAGUAUAGAGCGAACAUUUUUUUUUUUUUAAAUAUAUGUAUGUAUGUAUAUAUAUAUGUAUAUAUGUAUAUAUAUAUAUAUACACACACCACGUUUCGACGAGUACACGGCUUCGAUCGAACAUUCCUCGUCGAUUCGUGCCAUCGUACGUUUUUCAAAUUAAAUUUUCACGAUUUUUAUAUUAUCUUAUCCUACCAAGACUUACCUUUUUUUUCGUUUUCUUUUUUUACGCGCUUUCAUACGAUAUUUAUCAUCGUCUUAUCUAGACUUUGUUAUAUCUCUCUCAUUUUCUCUCUCUCUCUCUCUUUUUCUUUCCUCUCUCUCUCUCUCUCUCUCUCUCUCUCUCUCUCUCUCUUUCCUUCCCUCUCUUUCUCUCUUUCUCUUUCUUUCUUUCUUUCUUUCUUUCAUUUUCUUUUCUCUCUCUCUCUCUCUCUCUUUUUUUUAUAAUUAUUUCUUGAACUCAUUAUUGUUUUAUUUAAGAAUUACAAACGCGGUAAUUCAUUCGAGGUAAUAAUCGGGACCUAACGCGUGACCGGCAUUAUCGUGUUUUUCCUUUUUUAGUUUCAUUUCCGGAAAAUUAAACUUACUUUAUAUUAAUGAUAUGUAUGUCGUUAUGUAUCAUUAAAUAAUGUUCUAGCUAUGUAAUAAAGAUAAUAUAUAUCAUUCUUCACAUUUUAUUGUACAUGAAUGGUAUUACUGAUGAAUAAUUUAUAAAUGUGAAAUAAUAUUUUAUGAAGAUAGAAAUUUAAUGAUCUCAAAAAAGAAACUUAUGUAUUAUUUAUCCUUUUUCUUUUCUUUUUUUUUCUUUCUUUCUUUCUUAAAUAUUAAUGUUUAUAAUGAAAUAUUAAAAAGAAAAGAAAAAGAUAUUUACAUUCGCAUAAUAGCUGGUACUGAAAAGAUUACGAACAUUUGUACCAGUGUUUCCCAAACUAUAAAAAUCUGCUUAUUCCUUGACUAACAAAUAGUUGGUAUGUUUUCCAUGGUGUUCAUCAACCAUAAUAGGUACCAAUAACAUCGACUUGUAAUGUAUUCUUCAUAUUUUAAUAAAUUUUUACAGCUUUUAGCUCCUUGAUCGUGCAUCUGUACAUCCUUGGCCAUACCUACACUGUACAUUCAACAGUUUGGUUAACACUGGUCUAUGAGAUUGUUAACAAAGCAUAGCAAUAGAAAACUAACCGAUAGAACUAAGACAAAGAGAAUGGAAACAAAGUUGCGUUGUACAGACUUGAUCGUACUGGGCUUACCAUGGAAAACUACCGAGCAGAACUUGAGGGAAUAUUUCGAGGCAUUUGGUGAAGUUCUAAUGGCACAAGUAAAGAAGGAUGCAAAAUCUGGUCAGAGCAAAGGAUUUGGAUUCAUACGAUUUGGAAGCUAUGAAUCGCAGUUAAGAUGCCUUGCUCAACGACACAUGAUAGAUGGCAGAUGGUGCGAUGUCAAGGUUCCCAAUAGUAAGGAGGGAAUGAUUCAGCAAGUACCCUGCAAGGUAUUCGUGGGACGCUGUACAGAAGACCUAACUGCAGACGAUCUACGCGACUAUUUCUCCAAAUUUGGUGAAGUUACGGACGUAUUCAUCCCAAAACCUUUUCGCGCAUUUUCAUUUGUUACUUUCUUAGACCCAGAAGUGGCUCAAUCUCUCUGCGGAGAAGACCACAUUAUAAAAGGAGUUUCCGUUCAUGUCUCUAAUGCAGCGCCGAAAUCAGACGGCAUUAAUAAGAAUUUUAAUAACCAAGUGAAUUCAAACGUACGUGGUAGGGGAGCACCUGGACCGGUAGAAAACAAUGUACAGGGAAACUAUCAGGGAAACAGGUACAUGGGCCAUUCGGGUAAUAACAUGGGUCCAAACGGUUGGAACAAUCCAGGCAACAGAGGUAAUUUGGAUAUGCCUAAUCUUCAGGCAUUGGGCAUUACCGGUCAGAAUAAUGGAGGAGGCGGUGGUGGUGGAUUAUCCAAUCCAUUGGCAAUGGGAGGCUUAAAUUUAUCGGCAUUACCAGUAAAUCCUGCGUUAGUGGCGGCUGCAUUAAAUCAAGCAUCCUGGGGACUGAUCGGUAAUCUUCAGAAUCAGGGAAACGAUCAAGGAUAUUCAAAUCAACCAGGGCCCCCAGGUCAACCACCUUCAGGCAAUAAUAGUAUUGGUAAUAGCGGUAAUUCUGGGUUUCUUAGUUGGAUGAAUCAAGGGGGCGGCGAUGGCAAUACGGGUAAUCCUGGUACUGGUGGUCCUGGUCCAAAUAAUCCAAACGCCUCCCAGGGUGCUUGGCAAAAUCAUCCAGGUCAACGUGAUCAAAAAUCUAAUACAUUUCUCAAAUACGAUUAAACUCGGUCGGGACUCCGAGUCUACUCGUAAAAGGAGGGUCCGUUCCUUUAGUCCCGAAGCACUAAUGUUGAAGAACAGCAAAGGUCAGGAAGUUAAGGGUACAAAGCAAACGAUUUACAAAAAGAACCAAAGCUUUCAGUGACAUUACGAUGGAAAAGGACGGCUAUAUUGUAUGAUCGUGCGCCGUAAUGUGGUCGGUUCAUAAUAGAGCGUGUCGGAUGAUACUUUCGAAUCAUUGCACGUCAUUACUUCAAAAAAAAAAAAAGAUAUACUAUGACCCUCUCACUCUCUUACUGGCUUGAGAAAUUAGCACAAUAGCUUUCACGAACGAUACGGCCUGCAUGUCUCUUACGGAUAGCUUUGAUCAUCUAAACGUGCAAAUAUGUGUGGUCUUCUUUACGCGUGUGAUCUACUGAGCUGAGUAAAGUGCAUUGGAGAGAGAUAGAUGAUUGUGAAACUUUUGUAAUGAGAGAUAGAUGAGAUUAUGUAGUGUUUAACGUAUAUGUGUCUGAGGUAACAUAAUGAUCGAUGCAGAGUGUUUAAUGUAAAAAUAUGAAGUAAGUUAGUGGAACUUAAUAAUAUAAUUAUAUUUUAACUUACCAAUACUAGUUCAUUGAGUGACUAUAUAGGAGUUAUAUAUAGCUUAAUGAGUUGAUGAAAUAAUAGGUUGCUGAUGAAUAAGUUGUAUCCUCACAUUGAUAAUUUACAGAUUUUUCUUGUACAGGUAACAGAAACAGUUAAUUGAGAAACAUUUGAAAUUUUCAUUCUAUUAUAUAUUUUAUAAUGUUGCGGCAUUAUAUACAGAUAUAUACGUAUUUAUAUAUAUAUAUGUAUAUAUAUAUAUAUACCUAUGUAUAUGUAUAUAUACAUUCACAUUAUCUUAAAUUGGUCACAUAAUGUGAGCUGCACAUUUAUUAAUAACCAAAUAUUAAGUUCCGAUGAUUUCUUAAUUCCAUUAAACGUUAUGAAUGCUUGAAUACACUGCAUAUAGAUUAAAUGUCUUUGUCAUAAUUUUAUAUGUGACCACAUCAUUGAAAAAUCAUUCUUACCUAUAUAUUUUUUAAUUAUUGUACAAGAUAAAAUGAUUGAGAACUUUUUCUUCUGAAGAAAUGAAGUGCAUUGAGACUUUCUGUGGGUAUAUGUGUUGUGCGUUCUUAUAUAUACUUACACAUACUAAAAAAAAAGAAAAAGAAACAGAGACGUACAACUUUGUGGGUAUUGUUGUCAUUAAAUAUUUUCAUUAUUUACACAUAUAACAUAUUUGAGCAUAAUAUUUGUUACUUGCAUUGGUAAAUGCAGAAUAUGCUCUUAUGUUUGGCAAUUACCCUCAUAAAAGUAUACAUAUAGAAAGUUUGUUUCAUGUGCAUUCUCUUUUUUUUUUUUUUUUUUUUUUUACACGGAUAUAAGAUAUAUCGUCCAGAAUUUGAAAAAAGAAAUUAUAUUAGAGAAUAACUGUUUCUAAUGAAUACUAUUUACUUAGGGUGGAAGUGAGUGGGUGUGUAGUCAGGAUAUGCGUGAGGCUGCGUAUAGUUUGGUCGCAGCUACCUGAGAUUUGCAUAAAGUUGUUUACAUUUUUCGUAAUAUUUAGUGCGACACACAAACAAUUAUUACGUGUGCGAGUAUGAUUAGUAUUUUACAUUGGUGUGCGGGUGUGUCAAAAUUAUUGAUUGAUUGUGUGUGAAAGGAAGCAUUUGGAUUGGUAGUUGUUUCAAUUGAAUGAGUCGAGUAAAUUCAAGGAUUUUAUAACUCUCUAGUGCUUCAAAUUUUGAAGGAAAGUUUUGUGAUGAAAGACUUGAUAAUUCUCUUUCUCUAAAGGACAAUUUUGCAGGUUAUGGGUGUUUGUUUUCCAAAGAUCAGAAUAAACAAUGGAUUUCACAAUUCACAAUUGUAGUCAAUAACUUUAACAUACAAAAAAGAUGAUGGCGCAAGAACUUUAGAAAAGCAUAUAUUUCAUAAUCUCACUGUAUGUUUCAUUGAAGUUAUCUAGAUCUGCUAUUUCAGAGUGCUAAUAUCUUAUGAUUACAUUGUCGAAAAAUAAAAAAAUCCUUAUACAUCAUCUUUCACUGUUGUGCUAUUUAUUUGAUACAUAAGCAUUGAUGUAGCAAAAUGCAUCUUACUUGACUUAUAUUAAGAUUCGUACUUCUCUAAUAUCAUUUAGAGAGCAGGAAUCUUUAAUAAGGAGUAUAUAAGGUGUUUUUACUGCAACACUGGUUAUAUAAAAAUUUAAUGUAAAUCACCCAAUUUACACUGUUUCCUUCUUUACGAUGAAGUCUAUUUCUUUUUUGCCUUUCCCCAAACUUCGUAGAGAAACAUUCAGCUUACUUUGAGAAGUCUAACAUUCUCAUCACUUUUUAUUCAAUGCAGGGAUAAUUUCAUAGAGUUUGAAUCUUUUUCUGAAUCGGUGUUUGUGUGUAUGUCGAUGAAUGAUUUUGUUAAUAGUGAUCGAUAAUAUGAGAACUACAGGCAUGAAAUGUUGAAAGAAGUGUAUUUAACACAAGAAAGAAAAAAAGUGUUUGUUUAAUGGAUGAAUAAUGUGAGGUGAGCAGUGAGUCAUAUUGCAAGUCAUUUGAAUGAUGCACAGUCAUUUGUGUGUUUGAUAUGUCUUCUUGGCUGAAGUGUUUGAGUGUUUAUAUAGUUAAUGAGAGAUGAAAUUGAUAAAACUUUAAAUAGAAUUUAUUUGUUGAAGUUUUAGAUUUAUGAUCUGUAAGCCAUAUUUAACAUACGAAGACUGUAGCAGAAGAAAACUUUUAAAGUACAGUUUGCGAAUCUUUUCUAGUCUAUUACAAAUAAUGCCUGAUCUAUUUCAAAUCAUUGGUUGAAUAUGAAUGAAUAAUAUGUGAGAUUUGUCGUACACACAUUCAGCGAAAAAUAAUAGAACAUCAGUAAUUCUUAUAGUUAUUUCUUUAUCUAGGGCAUUAUUCAUAUAAUUUAAUAUUUCCCUUAUGAUUUUAUCAAGUGCAUGAUUGUAGUAAGUUCUAGUAGACCAGCUAAAUAGAAAUUAGGAAGAAGUGAAAGUGAUUAUUAAUGGAAGCAUGUCUUGAGUAAAAAAAAUACGAAAUAAAAAAAAAUAAAAAAAAAACAAAAUCGAAUAUAUGCAGAUUUUUCAUGACGUUUGUAAAUAACUGUAAAGAAUUGUAAUAUUGUACACGCAUUUGAUAUUCUCAUCUCUUAAGUGAUUGCGAUGAUAGAAAGAGUGAGCAGUGAAUGGGUUGUUGAUUCUAACGAUAACAAUGUAUAUUUUUUAAGAAAUCAACUUUACAAGUAUGUUCUAUGAUUUAAGCUUAUUUUUAAUCUAAUAAUAAGCAAUAUUGAAAUUCAAUACAUACAUACAUAUAUUUUAUGUAUAUACACACAUUUUAUGGUAUACAAAAGACAAAUCAUUGUAAUGUAAUGAAUAUAUUUAAAGUUAUCGUUAGAAUCAAAAAUCCUCAAAGCAGUAAAUAAUAAUUCUCGACACGGACUUUUUCGAAACAAUUCGUGCAAUACUGAAAGAAUCUUUUCCAUCAUUUUAAUUUUUAUUUCUAUGUAAGAUAGUGCUGAACAUUAGAAAAUAUAGUUAGUACUCCAGCACCUUGAAACCGGCAAUUGUUGCUUAACAUAAAAAUAAAUAAAAGGAUAGAAAAUGAAGAGAGAGAGAGAGAGAGAGAGAGAGAGAGAGAGAGAGAGAGAGAGAGAGAGAGAGAGAAAUAGAAAAACAGUAAUCACGAGAUUAUGUAAAUCUUGCGAAAAUAGAUAUGAAAAUGAUUAUCGUGUGUCGAUCUUUAUAAAUGAAAAAUUGACUGCGUUCAUAUAAGAAGACUGAGCGAGGUCUGUAAACAAUAUAUGGAUGGAAAACAAACGUACUAGUCCCCUACAUUUCAUUAUCUCAAAACGUGUAUUCUCGUAUGAAAUAAUAAAGGAAAGUUAACGAAAACGGAACUUGUGACAAAAUAUGUGUAUAUAUCAUGUAAACAGUUUCAUUCGUUAAUCGUUUAUUGAAUACACGAUUCGAGUAUGAAAUGUAUGUUAACUCUCUGUAACUCAAUUUUAAAAUUUAUGAUGAAAGAAAUGUGAAAUUUUGUUUUAAUUUAUACGAAAGAAAUAUGAAAAUUUAUUUUAUUAGAUAUGCAUUACACUAUACAAACUGUGCUUUAUACUUGAUAACAAUUAAUUUUCUAUUAUUUGGAUUAAUAAUUAAUUUUCUGACGAUAAAAUGUGAUAAGAUUGAAAGUGUCUUUAGAGUUAUAUCAAGUUAUAGAGGGUUUAAGGGACUUGGAAAAAAUAUUUCAAACAUUCUUGGCAUUAUUUAUUCGUUUCAAAUGAAUUUUAGUUUUAUUCAUUAAAAUUUUGAUUACAGUAAUCUUUAAUUUAUAUCAAAUGGUUUAUGUCUAAAAUGUUUGAAAAAAGUGACAUUGCUGUAAAGAAAAUCUUCUUUCAGAAUAUUGUAUUUAAUUACAGACCAGUAAUUCUAUCAAUGAAAAAUUGUGAAGGAGAGAGAUAGAGAGAGAGAGAGAGAGAGAAAGAGUGUGCGUGUGUGUUACAAAGAGUACGUUAUUUAUUAUAAUCGUGUGCAAAAAAUUUAAUUACAAAGAAAAAAGAAAUCGCCUUUACUAAUCCAUGAGAGUCUGUGGAAAUGUUGUUUCCAAUAUGAAUUCUUAAGAUACUUCUUUUUUUUGGGUAUGUGGUAAUAAUUAUAUCUCCUCUACGUCCUUAUUUAACGUGCAAAUUUUGUAUCAUUGAUAUUGAUGUAAAUAUCGAGUGAAAGAGGAAAGAAAAAGGGAAGCGAAAGAAGAGCGAGAGUGAGCAUUUUUUUUUUAAUAUAUUUUUUUUUUAUUUUUUGGAUUAAGCGACACACGACCUUAUUCUGCUCCUUUAUUAAUAUUUCCAAUAAUGAGCAUAGAGAAUGUGAAGUUUGCUCGCUAAGUAUGUUGAUAAAUAAAUGUGGGAUAUUAA